CGACUUCUUUAUCAGGACAAGAUGAAGAUUUUAUUUUUAUUGCUCCACUUCUUUUACGUCGUCUCUCCAAUAACACACUCCCUACGGUUCUUCCUGACUGGGUCUUCUGGAGUUUCAAACUUCCCAGCGUUUGUGAGUGUUGCGAUGGUUGAUGAUGUUGAAGUGAUUUACUGUGACAGCAACAACCAGACAGCAGAAGCCAAACACGACUGGAUGAAAAAAUUAAUGGAAGAUACAAAACCUCUUGAUUCUACUGCAGAGUGUCUGGAAAACCAACGCUUCUUCAACGACACCAUUAGAAUUUGGAUGCAGCGAUUUAACCACAGUGGAGGUGUUCACACUCUCCAGAGGAUGUAUGGUUGUGAAUGGGACGAUGAGACUCAAGAGGUUAAUGGUUUUAAUCAGUAUGGUUAUGAUGGAGAAGACUUUAUAGUAUUUGACCUGAAGACUCUGACAUGGAUCGCUCCAAUACAACAGGCUGAAACCACCAAACAGAAAUGGGAGAGUAACAGAGCUUUGGUCGUACAGACUAAGCACUAUCUCUCCCAGAUUUGCGUUGACUGGCUGAAGAAGUAUCUGUACUAUGGGAGGAGCUCUCUGAUGAGAAAAGACCUUCCCUCAGUGUCUCUCCUCCAGAAGACUCCCUCCUCUCCAGUCAGAUGCCACGCUACAGGUUUCUACCCUGACAGAGCCGACAUAUUCUGGAGGAAAGAUGGAGAGGAGCUUCAUGAGAACGUGGAACUUGGAGAGAUCCUCCCCAACCAUGAUGGAUCCUUCCAGAUGAGUGUUGACCUGAACCUUUCAUCAGUCACACCUGAAGACUGGAGGAGAUACGAAUGUGUGUUUCAGCUCUCUGGUGUGAAGGACGACAUCAUCACCAAACUGGACAAAGCUGUGAUCAAAUCCAACUGGGUUCCUCCCUCAGAGUUCCCUGCUGGUCCUGUUAUUGGAGGUGUUGUAGGACUGCUGCUCCUGGCAGUCUGCAUCACUGGAGUCUUCAUCUGGAGAAGGAGAAAUUAUGGUGAGGGUCAACAAUACUCUUCAAGCCAUUUUAACUUCACUGUUUUAACAUAUUUCAGCACAUAUUCUGAAUGA